AUGCCUCCCUUCAUACCCGUCAAACGAUCGCUAUCUCCUGAAUCCGGCCAGCAGGCAGCUCCGCCUGCCAAACGCCAGUCUACCAAACGGCAAAAAGUGACCAACCCUUUAGAAAGCGCAGCUUCGUCCUCGAGUGAGGAAGACCAAAGCGAGCCAGAAUGGGAGGAUGUCAAUAAUGGAGCCCCGAAAUCAAAUCAAAAUGGCGAUGACGAUGAUGACGACGAGGACGACGAGGGAGAUGAGGAUGAGAUUGACUGGGAAGAUGCCAUGGCUUCGACAGCAACUGUCACUACCACUCCAGGUGGGACCCUGGCUCCGAUUGGAGAUCUUGAAUUGACCCUGGAUGCACUGGGGGAUGUGCAAGAGCCGACUCUUCUCGAUACAAAGAAAGGACCGUCCAAGAUCGAGCGCGCAAUUAGGCUGAAUACCCAUCGUCUGCACGUCCAGUGUCUGCUCUUCCACAAUGCCCUUCGAAAUGCGUGGAUAAACGAUUCAAAGACCCACGACAUACUACGCAAUCAGCUACCGGAAGGGAUCAAAAAGGAGGUACAGAGAUGGCGUGUCGCCUCUGGUUUGGAAGCCCCGCCGCAAGAUACAAAGACCAAGACCAAGGGUGAUAGGAAGGGAAAGAAGAGACAGACACAAUCUUCUACAAAAGACUGGGGUGAUUCGGCGGAACGCUUGGAACCCGGUCAGCCGGAUAUGAGCCAUGGUGAUCCAAUCCUUCAGCUACUACGAAUACUAGCUGCAUACUGGGGAAAGAAUUUCAAAAUCACAGCCCCGGGGCUCCGCAAACACGGUUACCGCAGUGCCAAAAACGUGGAACAAAUACUGGCAUCCUACAAGAAUGCAGAAAUUGAUCCGACGUUGCAUGGGGAACGAGUUCCCAACAGGGAUGAGUUUCGUGCGUUAGCGGACAAACGCCAGGGGUCUCGUGAUGUGGCUGCACAGUUAUUUACUGCCCUUCUGCGCGCCCUAGGUAUCGAAGCCCGGCUUGUUUCGAACCUGCAGCCCCUGGGAUUUGGCUGGAGCAAGGCUGAAGUUAACACCUCUGACCUUCUGAAACAAGAAUCCAAGGCACAGAAAGACACGACUGACAGUAAUGAGGAGAGCGAGGGUGAUAGGGAAGAGGAAACUACAUCCAGGAAGCGUACCUCAAAAGGGAAAGGUUAUGACCGUGAUCUCCCAUUCCCAGUCUACUGGACAGAGGCUGUGUCGCCUGUGACUCACCAUGUCAUUCCCGUGGACGCUAUGGUUCUGGCUAAUCAAGUGGCUGCAACACCCGAGAUGGUUGCUGCCUUUGAACCUCGAGGCGCCCGAGCUGAUAAGGCGAAGCAGGUCAUUGCCUACGUUGUUGCACAUUCGUCCGACGGCACAGCCAAGGAUGUGACGACACGCUAUCUCAAACGACAGACGUGGCCUGGAAAAACAAAAGGGUACCGUCUACCACCAGAGAAACUCCUUGGGAGGUUUGCUAAAGGUGGCCCCGUUUUUAAAUUCGACUAUGACUGGUUCAAAAUGACGAUGAAGGGCUAUGAACGCCCCGCAAAUAAGCGUACAGUUGCCGAUGACAUCGAAGAUGCCAAGGACCUCGUUUCAAAUCAGCCGGAAAAGAAGGCCGUUAAGAAGGAAGGAGACACUUUACAAAGCUUGAAGGCAUCUACCGAGUUCGUUCUAGAGCGUUUUCUCCGCCGUGAGGAAGCACUACGACCCGGCGCUCAAGUCGUACGAAAAUUCUCUUCGGGGAAAGGUGCCAAAGCCAAGGAAGAGGACGUGUACCGCCGUUCUGACGUAUUGAGGUGCCUGUCCGCGGAAAGCUGGCACAAGGAGGGCCGUCGACCGAAAAUAGGCGAAGCGCCACUGAAGCGAGUCCCCAUUCGCGCUGUUACUUUGAUGAGGAAACGAGAAGUGGACGAACUUCAUCGUCAGACAGGUCAAAAACCACUACAAGGGCUGUAUGCUCAAGACCAGACGGAGUACAUUAUCCCGCCACCGAUUCAAAAUGGAGUAAUUCCCAAGAAUGGAUAUGGGAACAUUGACUGUUUCGUCCCGAGUAUGGUACCUCGUGGUGCAGUUCAUAUCCCGUUCCGAGGAACAGUGCGUAUAUGCAAAAAGCUGGGAAUCGAUUUUGCCGAGGCUGUGGCUGGGUUUGAGUUUGGCAGUAAAAUGGCCGUUCCAGUCAUUGAGGGCGUCGUCGUCGCCGAAGAGAACGGCGAUUUGUUGAAGGACGCUUGGCGAGCAGAUCAAGAGGUCCGGCGCGAAAAAGAGCGACUGGCCCAGGAAAAGCGUAUCCUACAAACAUGGCGCAAGUUUUUGAUGGGCUUGCGAAUCACGGAGCGUGUUCGUGCAGAGUAUGGUGACGAUGGGGACGCGGAAAUUGACAAUCCGUUUCAACGCAGGGGUCAGAACAUCCAGCCGGCUGAGGCUUCAGAAACUGUUCAGCAGGCACACGACCACGAAGAAUCAGAUGAAGACCAUCAUGACGAUGCUGAUAACGUCGAUCAGGGCGGUGGAUUCUUGCUGCCUGGGGAAGAUGACGGGGAAGACAAUCUCAUUUUCGAUCACGGGGAGAAUUCCACUCGACAGUCUGUCAUCGUACCCAACUAUCACGAGUCUGAGAUGAGUGGAGUUGAAGUUUCCGGUGACAAUGCAGAGGAAGACGAAGAAGAAGAAGAAGAGGAAGAGGUCUAUAAGCCAGCCCCUCGUACCAGUGGUCGUAGACGUAGACGUGGAGGGUGA